AUGGACGGCGAUUCUUACGUGAAAACACCCGCCACCUCCUUCAACCGUCACAAGGAACGAGGCACCUACGACGCCGAAACCGUCCACAACAUUGUCAACACCACCAGCGUCUGCCAUGUCUCCUUCAUGCCCUCGCCCGACGACCCAUUCCCCGCUAUCCUUCCCAUGAUCGCCCAGAUCGGCCACUUCCCCGACUCGCAAGACGACGCCCCGUCCUGCUACCUGCACGGCUACGUCUCCAGCCGCCUGAUGAAGCUAGGCGCAGACGGCACAUCCUCCAGCGGCGUCCCCGUCUGCGUCGCCGCCACCAAGGUCGACGGCUUCCUCCUGGCCUUGACGCCCUUCAACCACAGCUACAACUACCGCUCCGUCAUGCUGCAGGGCACGGCUACUAUCGUCGACGACGACGCCGAGAAGAUGUGGGCCAUGGAGCUCAUCACCGACUCGGUCGUGCCCGGCCGCUGGGCCAACACGCGCGUCCCGCCCGACAAGCCGGAAAUCACGUCGACGCGCGUCAUGAAGGUGCGCAUCGAGCGCGCCUCGGCCAAGAUCCACACGGGGAAUGCCAAGAGUGACCGGAAGGACUUGAAGAACGAGGAGGUGGUGAAUGGCGUCUGGACUGGUGUUGUGCCUGUGUGGGAGACGUUUGGCACCCCGAUUCCUAGCCCGGACAACCGCGUCAAGGACAUCCCGGCGCACGUGGCGGAUUUUGUUAAGAAUGAGAACUUGAAUGCUGAAGAGCUGGCGGUGGGGGCGGCGCGGGCGGAGGAAUAGACUGCAUUAUGAUGGUGUAGAUUGUAUAUAAGGAUUCUGGGUGAAGCGGGAUAAUGAUAGGCAUGGAGUGACGAACGUAGACAGAAAAGCUGCGCAUCAGAAAAGCAUUACUCGUACCCGC